AUGGAUACGAAAAAAUACAGAAAGCCGAAUACUACAGAUAAACAAAAAAAAUUACUAGUAGACUUCAUGGUAUUACAUCCAGAACUGGUGUCUGGGAAAAAUACCUCGAAGUCUACAGUAAAACAGAGACAAAAGCUGUGGGAAAGAAUUUCAGAAGUUUUAAACUCUGAAGUUGGUCCAAAUAAAUCUUGGAGUGAGUGGAGAAAGACAUGGUGUGAUUUAAAAACAAAUGUUAAGAGUAAGGCAGGGUGUAACAGAAAGGAAAGGAAUAAAACUGGUGGUGGAGAAGUAGAUUUAGAAGUGUUUAGUGAGUUUGAAAAUAAGAUAUUGGAACUGAUCGGUCCGACAAUAGUUGAAGGACAUAGUUCAGUGCAAGAAAGCACUGCUGAUAUUUCGUUUUUUGUACCACAUUUGUAA